AUUAUUACGGAAGCGAUCGGAAGUCUCGGAGCGACAGUUGUUUUGGUUAAAAGUGGCCAAAAGUCCGUCAAAAUAAGUAAUGUCUACGGCUUGGGUGCGGGCGCUGUGGCCAACAUUAAUGGCGGUAAAAAUGGCCGCAAAAAUGUGGACGAAAAACAAGAAAUGAAAGCAAUUACCGAACCUUUAUAUGAGAAAUAUAUGAAAUCUUUGGAUUCAAAGGACUCUUCUAAUGGUCUAUUGGUUUUAGCCGAAGGCGGAAACGCUGGGGAGGCUGUGAUCGCCACCCGUGAGGGUUGGCUCGACGUUAAGGGCGCCUCAGGUUUCAAACUCGGCUCCUAUACUGAGGUCUCGACCAAAGGUUAAAUUGUUGCAAAAAUAUAAUGUAUAAAUAAUUGCCACUUGUAUUUAUAUUUAUUAACUUAUUUACAAUUAAAUAAAGUUAAAUCUAAUAUAUUAAAUUAAUAAUAAA